AUGAAUGAACAACUGAUUCCAAAAUUUGAAAAUGAAAUCAAGGAAGAGCUAAAAUUAUUGGUUGAAAGUAUGAUUGAUGAGAAUGGUCAGAAGUUUGAUCCAUUUCAUCACGUUCAUAUUUUCACAACUAAUAUUGCUUGCUAUAUGUGUUUUGGUAAAAGGUUUGAGCAUACUAAUCCAGCAUUCAGUGAACUUGUAUUAGCUUUGAGAGAAUUCAUGAAAGCUUACAUUGGUAGUACCAUGUUGAAUUUCCAGCCACUUAUGUGGUACCUGCCAAUUCAGAAGGUUAAGUCACUUCGAACAAGUCAUGCCAAAUUGAUUACUGCUAUAUCAAAGUUGAAUGAUGAGAACUUGAGUCAUGAUGAGCCACAGGAUAUGGAAUUCUCGUACCAAAUGGUGGAUCUGAUAAUCAACUGUAGUGAAACUGUAUGCGCUACUAUAUUAUGGACUAUUGUUCAUAUGGCUCAGAACAGACAUGUACAAGAACAGGUACAGCAAGAGAUUGGUAUUACCCUAAAAACAGGAAAUGCGCUGUCUUUUUCUAAUUCCUCACAGAUGAGUUAUACUGAAGCAUCUAUAUUAGAAAGUCAGCGUUUGGCUUGUGUUCUUCCGCUAGCAUGGCCUCACUCUGUUAUUCAUGAUGUGGAGUUCAGGGACUUCAUUGUACCUAAGGGCACUCCAGUCUUGAUAAAUAUAAUGUCAUCUCACCUGGAUAAAGAUUAUUGGAUUAAUCCUGAGGAGUUUGAUCCAGAGAGAUUCCUGAAUGUCAAUGGAGAGAUUAAAAGCAGACUUGGAUUCUUGCCGUAUUCUCUAGGUGCUUCUUCAUGUCCUGGUGAACGAUUGGCUAAAUUAGAAUUGUUCAUGUGUUUUGCUACAUUGAUGAAGAGUUUCUCUUUCUGUCUCGAUGACUCCGGUGCAGAGAAUGACGUGAAAUGCAAACCAGGGCUUAUUUCUUAUCCAGCUGAAUUCAAAAUCACUGCUACGAAAAGAAAAUAG